CUCUGCGACCGCCGCAUGGAUGACCGCAUCAUCUACAUGUACAUGAGCAUGGGGUUCUGCACGGAAGAGUGCAGGAAUGAGUAUUAUUUUCUAGAAUACAGGUAUAGGCUGACCAUGGCAAUGGAGGCCGAGGGCAGGAGGUCCAGGAGCGAGGCAAGGAAGGCGCCGGUGGCGGAGGGAGAAGCAGCUAACGGCUACAGCAUCUUCUUCACUUGUGCUGAGGUCGAGUCGUUCCCUUAG